AUGAAGGUCCCAGCAGCCGCCCUGGUCGCUCUGCUCCUCGUCGCCGCCUGCUCCUCGUCCGAUGCCCAACUCGACAGCAUCCCCACCACCUGCUGCUUCACGUACCAGCAGCGCCCUGUCCCGCGGAGCCGCAUCACCUCCAUCUAUGUCACCAGCAGCAAAUGCUCCCAGCCGGGCGUGAUCCUGGUCACCAAGGCCAAGAAGGAGAUGUGCGUGGACCCACGGAUGCCCUGGGUGCAGGCUCAUCUGAAGCACUUCCAGAUCCUGAAGAAAUGA